GGGGACGGGUGGUGGUGGGAGCGGUGGCUCCAGGCCCUCCACCCGGAGUUCUUCCUCCUGUUCCUGCUCCUCCAGUCCGGCGCCGCAUCCGCGCUCGCUGAGGCCCUCAGCACUUCCGGUGAUGACGCGGGGGACGUAUGGGAGGUGAGGGGCGGCAAGCGCACUCGCCUCAUGCCGGACCCAACCUGGACCUCCUAUCUCAUUGCUGGGGACGACGGAACAAAGCGGGAGGACGGGGAUGAAAAGGUUGGAAGCAUCUCUAAGGACCUGGCCGCCCUACGGAGGCAGCUGGGGCGGUCGUGGCGGCGGUACGCCGAAGUUGCUGUUCAUCUGUUACUCCCUGACGGAUACCCUCAUAGUGUCAGCAGCGACUACCUUAACUACUCGCUCUGGCGCGGCGUACAGGGUGUGGCGAGCCAGAUCAGCGGGGUGCUUUCCACACAGGCUCUGCUCUAUGCGGUUGGGUUAGGGAAAGGAGCGAUACCCACUGCUGCUGCGGUGAAUUGGGUGCUGAAAGAUGGCCUCGGGUACCUUAGCAAGAUCAUGUUGUCCAAAUUCGGACGCCAUUUUGAUGUUAACCCCAAAGGGUGGCGACUAUUUGCUGAUUUUCUGGAGAAUAUGGCUUAUGGGCUGGAGAUUCUGACUCCAGUGUUCCCUCACCUGUUUGUUCCAAUUGGGGCGGCUGCUGGUGCUGGCCGCUCAGCAGCUUCUUUGAUACAGUCUGCCACCAGAAGUUGCUUUUACGCUGGAUUUGCAGUACAAAGAAACUUUGCUGAGGUUAUUGCAAAGGGUGAAGCGCAAGGAAUGGUUAGCAAAUUUGUUGGCAUAGGGCUUGGCAUUGCAUUGGCUAAUCACAUUGGCUCAUCUGUACCAUUAGCUCUUAUUUCGUUUGCUGGAAUUACUGCAGUUCACAUGUAUUGCAACCUCAAGUCAUAUCAAUCGAUUCAGCUGAGAACACUGAAUCCUUACCGCGCAAGCUUGGUGUUUAGUGAAUAUUUGUUAAGUGGACAAGUUCCAUCGGUCAAAGAAGUUAAUGAUGAAGAACCUCUUUUCUUCAAUUUGUCACUUGGUGCUUCACGUCAAAGUAAGAUUUUGUCAGCGGAAGCAAAAGAUGCUGCAGAUAGAAUAUGCCGGCGGUUACAAAUGGGUUCUAAGCUUAGUGAGAUAAUUGAGAGUAAAGAAGAUGCUUGUGCAUUGUUUGAUCUUUACAAAAAUGAGCAAUAUCUGCUUAUGGAUUACAAAGGAAAAUUUUGUAUUGUACUUAAAGAGGGAUCUUCUCCCGAAGACAUGCUCAAAUCUUUGUUCCAUGUUAACUAUCUAUAUUGGUUGGAAAGGUAUAUGGGUUUCAAACCAAGUAAUGUUGCUUCAGAAUGUAGACCUGGUGGAAGGCUUGAAGUAUCCCUGGAUUAUGCGCAGAGGGAAUUCAGCCAUGUCAAACAUGAUGGUUCUGAUGGUGGCUGGGUUAUGGAUGGUCUGAUUGCAAGGCCCUUGCCCGUUAGAAUACGAAUAGGAGAUGGUACUUCUUAGGUCUUUGCUCUAUUAACUAUUCUCAGAGCUACAUCUACAUCCGUUGUACAGUUUUGCUUAUUAAGUUGCUGAUGUGGUUCGACACCAUAUUCGAAAGGCUCUCGCCUGCAGUUUUUACCCUGAUAUUAGGAUGGAAGUGGUUACAUCUCUGGUAUAUUUUUUAUCUUUUGACU